AUGCCAACCUGUCAGAAGUGUCUUUCAAACGGUGAAACCUGCUCGUACGACAAGGCCCCCUCGAUAGCUUAUGCGGUAUCAUUGCAAAACGAAUUGCAAGCAUAUAAAAACAGGAUCGAGGAACUGAGGCGGGUAAAAGACAAAGAUCGGGAUGCUCUCCUAGAUGAGCCUAUUAGAACAAUAAAUCCAAAUGAAGGGAGAUCCCGUGCAUUUCGAAGCCCUCCUGAUAUCCAGAGUCCUCGGCGGGAAGACAGUGUUACUGUUGAAAGUACAGAUGAUGCCGCUGAUAUGGCUUCUGUUGGUACGGACGGGCGAGUCAACUUCUAUGGGAAGACUAGUUUAUACCACAUAGAUCCUAAACACUUCGAAGAAAGUAGCCCAACGGACAGUCACGAAGACAGCACCGGAACUUAUAUUAAUGAUAUGGCGACUAUGCCUUCGAUAUUAGAAUUCCACGACACAGCCUCACUUCUGGCGGAAAUACCUCACGGCCUCCUGAAUGAUCUCCUUGAUACAUAUUGGUGUUACCCACACCACUUUCAUUGUGUAUUAUGCAAGCCUCUAUUUUUACGAGAUCUUUACUGUUCGGGGUCAUACGUUACCCCUUUUCUGCUAUGCACCGUACUUGCGCAAGCUGCUCGGUAUUCCACACGCCGAGACGCCACGGAAGUUGGGCAAACUUUUGCUACUCGAGCUUUACAGCUACUUCCCAGCGAUAUCGACAAGGGUAGCUCCAUUCCUACUAUCCAAGGUCUACUUAUACUCUCUGCGCGAGAGUGUGCUUGCGGGCGCGUAUCCCAAGGCUGGUUGUAUUCUGGAACGGCGUUUAGAAUGAUGCGCGACCUUGGGAUAGACGUUUCGCCCAAGAAGCUCGGACACUUGGCGAAACAAUUCACUGACGAGGAGCUCGCUGUGCGGAAACAGGUCUUCUGGAGCUGCUAUACAUGGGAUAAAACUAUGAGUGUAUGUCUGGGCCGAGCACCAGCUGUACACUAUUCCGUAGAACUUCCUACUCGGGACACAUUAUUACACGGACACGAUGCAGACGACGAAGUAUGGCCGCCGGUGACAACAUAUAAUUCAUUUGUCGACGGUCUGGUGGAACAGAAAUCCCUGAGCAGUACACGUUUUGCCGCAUACUGUGAGCUCAGCGUCCUCAUUGAGAAUAUUCUCGACACUUUAUACUCCCGGCCACAUAGUGGGAGACAAGACCACCUUCUGACGUAUCUCGAUUCGACCCUACAGCGGCUACAGUCUUGGGCAGACCAGCUCCCCCCAGAAAUCUUCAUCAAAGAAACUACCUCUACGGCAAUAGUGUCCCCCCCCUUACACAUCUUGCUCUUAAACCUAACAUACCAAGCAGCCACGAUACUCCUAUGCCGACCAUAUCGAACAUUGCAACAAAUUGCAAAGGAGAGAUGUACCAAGGCAGCCAAAAUGACAGAUACCUUACUCAUGUUGCACGUCAAGCGUUUCGGUUUCCGAUACAUAACGUAUCUAGAGACAUAUACGCUAUUCGUCGCCUGUACCGUAAACGUGCUCGAUUUCACCGAAAACGAAACCUCUACCGGAGAUCCAGUGUUGGCUCGAGAGGCCAAUGCCAGACUUCACUUCGGGCUCGAAAUUCUCAGGCAGGCAAAUAGCACACCAGCAGCCGCCCGCUGCGCCUCGACUAUCUGUCAGUUAUUCAACAAGCAAAAGGCGUCAAUACUGAACGGGGCCGGGGGCCCGCGACAAGACACAUCGCAGACAAUCGCUAGUCCUUCUCCCAGGGGCUUGGAAAUCGGCUCCAACGCCCAGACAUUCAUGCCCACACCCGCCUCCUCAGCAACCGCCGUAUCUUUCCCAGCAACAUCUCAGCCACCCCUUACGGUUGCUGAAGGGAGCUAUAUCGAUUCCAUAGUAGCUGCUGGGAUUCCAUAUGUGCAAGAUGAGAAUCAGGGUCACGCACUAGAAUCACCUAUUCCUGUCGAAACGCCACUUCGAUGGUUGCCCGAGAACGUGCAGGAUGACGGAAGCUGGAUGUUAAUGACCGAUACUAAUUUUAAUGGGGAUUUCAACUUCUCGCCUAUGGUAGAUUUAUAA